GUUGAUGAAGAAGUUCUUCUCAAAGGCCUACCCAUGGAUCUCCGUAGAGACAUCAAGCGCCACCUCUGCUUGGACUGAAGGGGCGUGCCUAACGCGGGAGGGUAACCCAAUGAAUGAGAUGCUCUUCAUCAUCCGAGGCUCCUUAGAAUCUAAUACUACCAAUGGUGGUCGUACGGGGUUCUUUAAUUCAUGUCGCAUUGGUCCCAAAGACUUUUGUGGCGAGGAACUGCUGACAUGGGCGCUUGAUCCACGCCCAAGUGUCAUCCUUUCGUCUUCCACACGCUCCGUCAAGGCCAUUUCCGAAGUUGAGGCGUUCGCACUCAUUGCCGAUGACUUGAAGUUUGUGGCGUUGCAAUUCCGUAUGCUUCAUAGCAAGCAACUUAGACAAAAGUUUCGGUUCUACUCACACCAAUGGCGCACAUGGGUUGCAUGCUUCAUUCAAGCAGCAUGGCAUCGGUUCAAAAGAAGGAAAGAUGCGGCUGAGCUGAAGUCUCUGGAGAGCCCUGAGACCGCCUCGCCUGCCCCAGCUUUUGAACGAACUGUCCGGGUCAAACGAUUGCCGAUGGAUUGGACCGGCGAUGGUGUGACGGUGGGUUCAUUGCCGGUUGGCUCGGGCUUGGUCGCAAGUGAUUGCCGCUGCAAGUGCUGCUACAAGCCUGCAAUUGUUAUUGCCGCUAGAAACCCCACCCGCCGCUGCAAAAUCGCCGACCAUCGCUGCAAGUCGAUCGCCGAAGUUUUUACUACUAGACAGCUGGACCUGCUACAAAAUCAAUGUUGGCCGCCAUAGAUGAAGCUCACCGCCAUCGUCGAUCGUUGUAAAUCGCCGUCAGUUGCUGUGUGUCUCUGUUGGACGCCGUAGAUCGUAGCCGUCAUAGGUGGUCGGUUGGGUGUAAAGGCUGAGAGGAGGGAAGGGUUAGAACGAAAAUGGGGGUCGUUCUAACCCUAAUCAUUAGUAAGAUUUGGGGUGGGGACAUGAAAAUCAUUAUAUUUUUUUUGUUUUUUCUAUUUUAUUUAAAUCGGCAAAAAUAAAAAAUAUAACCCACAAACCGCUGCCCGGGUCGAACUAUUUAGUGGUUCGACUG